AAAUUUUCUGAGAUUAAAUCUGAAAAUAUGAAGCUGAAGCAGAUUAUUGAGGAGAAUAAUAAAGAGCUUAAGGCUAGGCUUGCAGUAGUGGAACAGAGUUCUGUAAUAGUGGAUGAACAACCACAGAAUGACUCAUCUAAGGAAGCGAUGCUAGAGAUGUUACCAGAGGUAUCUGUUGAUGAUGAUUCCGUAGUAGACCAGCUCAAGCAACAUGUGCCUAUUUAUAAAGCAAAUGAUGUGGUAUCAGAAGUGUUACCAGAGGUCAACUCCAAGUCACCGAAGGAGAAA